UCUGAGCUCCGGGGUGUGACCAGGCGGGCCAAGAGGGCCGCGACGGCGCGCGGGGCAGUGUGGGACGGGGGCGGAACGCCGCCCGGCCGCGGGUCGGGCUCUGUGUCAGCAGCCGGGCGGGCGCUCGGGCGGGACAUGGCAGCCUGUGCAGCCCGGCGGGCCCUGGCCGUGGGCAGCCGCUGGUGGUCCCGGUCGCUGACUGGGGCCCGAUGGCCAAGGCCGCUGUGUGCGGCGGCUGGAGCUGGGGCCUUCUCGCCAGCGGCGACCACGACGACGCGGAGGCACCUCUCGUCCCGAAACCGACCAGAGGGCAAAGUGUUGGAGACAGUCGGUGUGUUUGAGGUGCCAAAACAGAAUGGAAAAUAUGAGACUGGGCAGCUUUUCCUUCAUAGCAUUUUUGGCUACCGAGGUGUCGUCCUGUUUCCCUGGCAGGCCAGACUGUAUGACCGGGAUGUGGCUUCUGCAGCUCCAGAAAAAGCAGAGAACCCUGCUGGCCAUGGCUCCAAGGAGGUGAAAGGCAAAACUCACACUUACUAUCAGGUGCUGAUUGAUGCCCGUGACUGCCCACAUAUAUCUCAGAGAUCUCAGACAGAAGCUGUGACCUUCUUGGCUAACCAUGAUGACAGUCGGGCCCUCUAUGCCAUCCCAGGCUUGGACUAUGUCAGCCAUGAAGACAUCCUCCCCUACACCUCCACUGAUCAGGUUCCCAUCCAACAUGAACUCUUUGAAAGAUUUCUUCUGUAUGACCAGACAAAAGCACCCCCUUUUGUGGCUCGGGAGACGCUAAGGGCCUGGCAAGAGAAGAAUCACCCCUGGCUGGAGCUCUCCGAUGUUCAUCGGGAAACAACUGAGAACAUACGUGUCACUGUCAUCCCCUUCUACAUGGGCAUGAGGGAAGCCCAGAAUUCCCACGUGUACUGGUGGCGCUACUGUAUCCGUUUGGAGAACCUUGACAGUGACGUGGUACAGCUCCGGGAGCGGCACUGGAGGAUAUUCAGUCUCUCUGGCACCUUGGAGACAGUGCGAGGCCGAGGGGUAGUGGGCAGGGAACCGGUGUUAUCCAAGGAGCAGCCUGCGUUCCAGUAUAGCAGCCACGUCUCGCUGCAGGCUUCCAGUGGGCACAUGUGGGGCACGUUCCGCUUUGAAAGACCUGAUGGCUCCCACUUUGAUGUUCGGAUCCCUCCCUUCUCCCUGGAAAGCAAUAAAGAUGAGAAGACACCACCCUCAGGCCUUCACUGGUAGGCCAGCUGAGGCCCCAAGUGCCCAGGCGCGGUCACCGGGAAGAACAACUCUCAUCCCACAAUUGCUGCAGAACUCUUCUCUCCCCAUCAUGGGCCACAGUGGGUCUCUCAAUUUGAUUGUGGGGUUCUUUUUGUGGAGAGGGGUGGCAUAACUUUUCUUCAGAAGACCCACGUGGGACACCUCCAAGGCUGGCCUCAUAAGCCCUGCCUACACCAUGUUCCAGUAAACCUCUCCACCAGGGAACUGUGUUCAGCUGCCACAGGCCUGGAGGAGUUUCCUGGCCUGUCACGUGAGGUUUGAUCAGUAAACCAGUGCACGCUUGGCCACCCUUGCCAUUUCUGCUCCCAGUCUCAGGCUCCCCUUCUGACCCAGUGUGCACUCUUGACUGCUUUCUUUGUUGCCCUUCCAGGGAGCUGCCCCCCUGGCAGGGCAUGUGCCUGUUUCCUUCUCAGCCUGGAGCCUGGCUGGACAUCUCCUAGGGUCACUGUGCCUCUCAGCUAGUUGGCGGGGGUGCUGGACUGGACUCUUGUUCACUUUACCUUCUGCCAAAUGCAGAGAGGGAGGCCAGUGUCAGGGUUGAAGUGGCCUGGCUCUUAGCACUGACCAACCAUUGCCAUUUCUGGCCUCGCUAGGCCCAGGAGAGGAGGGAGGCAAGCCAGUCGGGUUUCCUGGAGCAAUGGGUGUGUCAGCCCUCAGCAUGACUCUGCCAAGCAUCCAGACCAUGAAUGCAGGAAUUUGGCCGAGGAGCAGCUUUAGGUAUGGAUGAUGACUAAGCCAAGCUACUUCCCGAGCUUCUCUCAGAUUUCCAAGAGCCAGAGAUGAAUUGUGCUGCAUCUUGCCCCAAUUCUUAGGAUUUCUUCUCCUCCGCCACUGCAGUGAUUGUUAGAGGUCGUUUUCUUGAAUUAAUAUUAAAUCACAGUUCCAGCCCUUGUUAGUGUUGUCCUUAGUCCUCCAGGGGGAGCUGGGGUUGCAGGGCAACAGUACAGUCGCGCUUACGACCUAGCUAGAACACAAGGUCAGAUGAUAAACAGAAGCACAGGAACUCAGCCCAUGGCCGCAAGCUGGCCAAGGCCUGCUCACUGUGAACAUGGUUCUGUACCAUUGAGUUUAACACAAUUUUAUUAGAAAUUAGUGUUUGCUUCCAUCACUUAUGCUGAGCAACCAAAUAUUACAGUUAUGUGAUAAAGGAAAAAUUCUUUCCUGCCCAGGACCUGCGCCAUCCUUUAGGCCAACCUUGGUCACAUACCAAAUUCAAUAAAACCCAAUACUGGUCUGUGUUGUUAACAGCAGGCUGCCAGGUUUCUCAGAAACUGACAAGAAA